GCUGCGGCAGUAGCCACAGUUGCAAACUCCGAGGUCCAUACAGUCGAUGUCGGUGAAGACGGUCUCAAUUUUGAGCCUCAGACCCUUAAUCCCAAGAAAGGCGAUACCGUAAUCUUCCACCUUUAUCCGAGCCAUAACGUCGUCUCAGGGUCUUUCGAUAAGCCUUGCGAAUUCAACGACAACAGCUGGUUCAGCGGCCCGUUCAGCCAGACAGACAAUGGCAAGAAGAAGUACGUAGUCAACGUCACAAGCGAGGACCCGGUAUCUAAUAGUUUGAUACAGGUGUGGUACUACUGCGCCGUCCCACAGCACUGCCAGAGUGGUAUGGUAGGAGCUUGGAAUGCGCCAUCCAGCGGCAACACCAUCAGCGCGUACGCCGACGCAGCGAAGAAUGCCGGGAAAUCUUCAGCUCCACAAAGCUUGAAGGGCGGCGAAUUAUUGGAAGACGAGCAAAUCGCUAGCUUGACUGGCAGCAGCCCAUCGGCAACGCAGAGUGGAGGCUCCUCGAGUGCUACCCCAACAGCUUCCGGGUCUGAGGCGCCGUCGGGAUCUUCCAGCGCUUCGGCG